AUGGCUCACAUCUAUCGUGGUCCUCCGUGUUAUAAAGAAAAUGAACGAAUGGGUUAUUACAGUGAAAUAUCACCCGACUAUCAAUUUGAAAAACCAGCUAUCGAUCGAUUAUUAGAUUAUAUAUCAAAUCAAGAAUCUCGUAAACCAGCGAUUGACAUUUUAAUCCAAGAAUAUCUCGAAAGAAUCGGCAGUCCAUUAACAUACUCGUCGACACAUAUCUCUCCAUUGAUGGAUAUCGCUGUAGAACCGGGAAGUGAUAAUAAAACCAAUACUUGUAGUCAACAAACUCAAACACCUACCGGAGGAAUGCAAUGCUAUCAAACGGCGCUUUCGUUUUAUCCAACUCCGUUGACUUCAGGUAAUGAUAUCAUGUAUGAACCAAAUUAUGACUAUCGAAAUACAGCAUCAACACCGUUACUUCCACCAUUGUCCAGUCGCCCUUAUCGUUCAUCAUCCGUUGUUACUGAUGGUGUUGCAAAUACACCCUCGACUCGAGUUUCGAUAUCAUCAAAUCAAGAAAUUCCAAUUAUCGAUCGAUUUACCAAUGGAAAUAGUAGUCAAGACAAUCGUCUGAAACGAGCUGCGGCACAAGAACGUCGUCAAGCUACACGACAUUUUGGGAAAGUUCAACCAGGUUUAAUUUGGACGUCACCAUUGCCUGUUCGACCGCGUAUUUUUUCAAUUCGCCCACCGUCAUUAUCUUGCAAAAUUUUUCUUGGUGGAAUUCCACAUGAUCUAAAUCCAAGAGAUUUACAAGAACGUUUGGAAAGUUUUGGUCUUGUUCGACUCGAAUGGCCUAAUAAAGAGAAUGUAUCUAUGCACAGAAAUACUUCUAAUCAUAUUACAGCUGGUUUUGUUUAUGCUGUAUACGAAAAUGAAGAAUCUGUUCAUAAGAUUUUGCACACCUGUUCGACAAAAACCGAUCGAACAUUAGAUGAUGGACGAUGUGAAUAUUAUCUCGAAGUCUACAGCCAACGUUCAAGUGCACGGCGUAAAAGCAUUCAAAUUAUUCCCUGGUUUGUGGAAGAUUCUCAAUGGGUCGCUGAUGGUGAUUAUAGUGUAAAUGGAUAUGGAAAUUGGGAACAAAGAUUAAAUUCAACCGAAUGCAUCAAUCGAACGGUAUUCGUUGGCGCUCUACAUGGAAUGAUGACAGCAUUUGCCUUAGCUCGGAUAUGUCAUGAAUUAUUUGGUGAUGUUGAAUAUGCUGCAAUCGAUACUGAUAGAAACAAAUAUCCGAUCGGUUCGGGCCGAGUUGUUUUCGUCAAUGCACACAGUUAUUAUGCAGCUGUCACAGCUAAUUAUUUGAUGAUUGAAUGCGAUAAGUUUUGCAAAGUGAUACAAAUCGAUCCCUAUUUAUCAGAUAGUGUACCAUGUGCCGGUACGAAUGGACAAUGGAAUUGUCCAAAUAUGGGCCAAUACUUUUGUCGUUCGCUAAAGUGUAUGAAAUACUACUGUGCAACAUGUUGGGAUCUAAAUCCAAAUCAUACAACAACCCAAACAAAUGAAUGUGAACCACCAGCAAUGAUACACAAACCAUUGAUGCGUAAUGCUCGUACAGCAUGA